ACAAAAAUUUCGAAUAGAUACCAUUUUUAGCUAUAAGUCUUUGGCUUCUCUCCCACAGAUCUGUUCCAGCUCAUGCUAUGGAUUCUUCAUCAUUAAAACGUUUGGAGCUUGGGAAGCUUGUGUUGAGCUCCGGUCUCCUACAAAGCGCAUGGAGUAAGAUCUCGGAGAUACAUGAGUCACCUUAUUCGAAUCGAGAUUCAGGUCUAGGAAUCAAGAUUUACCAAGAAGCCAAAUUCACAUUUGUGGUUUUUGGGGCACCACCGAUACGCAGCAAUAGCUAUCAUCUUACUCGUCUUUUUGGGUCAGAUUUUGAAACAAAUCCGUUUCAUUUCCUCUGCUCCGAGAAGAUCUCCUCCUUCUCUGUUCACACUCCUUCUUUUGAGCUUUUUGCCUCUGCCUGUUAUCAAAAUCUCCCUGAACUCAAAUCUAAGUUGCUCAAUUCUAAGAAACCGGUGAUCAUCACUGGAGCUGCGUUGGGAGGAUCUGUGGCAUCUCUCUUUACGUUGUGGCUUCUUGAAACUAUCGAUCCAAAACUAAGACGCCCUUUAUGCAUCACAUUCGGCUCUCCUCUAAUCGGAGACGCUUUGCUGCAACAGAUACUGGAGAAUUCCCUGAGGAAUUCAUGUUUCCUUCAUGUGGCUGAGGCUGCACAAACUCCCAUCAAGGCCGGUUUUUUCAAGCCUUUUGGAACGUUCUUGAUCUGUUUUGAUUCCGAAUGUAUUUGCAUCGACGACCCUGAGGCGGUCGCAGAGUUGCUUGUCGGUUCUAAUACUGAUGAUCUAGUAGGCUGGAGAGACUACGGCGAAAUCCUAGAGCGCCUGGACCAAUCCUUAGUGACAGAUUCAAGACUGAUGAUCGACGAUGUUAUCGAUCGAAUGGAGGUACGUGCAAUGAGGAAGAAGCUGCGUUUUGAUCAGCUUAAGAAACUAAACGACAUGAAGAUAUCAUUGAUGCAUAUAGAGUGGUACAAAAAGAAAAGCAAGAUAAACAAGAUUGGUUACUACGAUCGGUUCAAGGCUAGAGUGGUUUCACAGGUUGAUAUAGAUGUUGAGAACCGGAAAACACAGUUAAAUGGUUUCUGGAAAUCAAUGGUUGAAGAAGUGGAGAAGAAGCCUCAGAGUGAAAAAUCGAUUCUCAAGACACGGUGUCUCUUUGCUGGGAACAACUACAGACGAAUGAUCGAACCGCUAGACAUUGCUGAAUAUUACCUCGAUGGUAAAAGAAGCUAUCGAACCUUAGGAAGGUCCCACCACUAUGUUUUGCUAGAGAAAUGGUUCAAGGAGGAAAAUAUCAAAACGAAUAGGUGCAAAAAGAGAGAUUUGAGUGAUCUUUUAACGUUUGAUUCUUGUUUUUGGGCUGAAGUUGAGGAAUCGUUGUUUGAUACCAAUCAGCUAAAAACACAAGUGGGGAUGACAAGUGAGGAGAAAGCAGUAUUACUCGAAAGACUCGAGAGGUUUGAGGCAUACAUGUGGGGAAUGAUCGUAAAACGUGAGGUUUCGCCGGAGAUUUUCUUGGAGGGCAGCAGUUUCAUGAAGUGGUGGAAAGAUUACAAAGCGAUCAAAGGCUUUCAUUCUCCAACUUCACACUUCACCGAGUUUAUGAACACUUGCAAGUAUGAGAGUUAUGGUCAGCCACAAUAAUGUUUAGUAAUUGUAUUUUACAUUUGAGGUUAUAAUUCUUAUUGUUAUUGUUCAUUUACAACCAAGAGUUUCUUGGAAAUUUUGCUACCAAUU